AUGCAAAUGGUAAGAGCAUCUUUAAGAUUGUUCAAGGCCCCAACCCCCUUCUUAAGACUCUAUUCGUCCUCUCCAUUUGCCAGAAGAGGACCUUCCCCACCGGAGUUGGAUCCGGAAGAGCAGAAGGAGUUUGAGAAGCUCCAACAGGCUUCCAAUACACAAAACGCCAUUGACGAGUAUAAUGAACAGAUGGGAUUCAAGAAGAAGAACGAUGCGCCAAAGAUAGAGACCUCAGACGUUGGUACCUUUGGAACCAUUUUGAAAACUAUUCCAGAGUUUGAGGGCGAUGUUAACCCUGACACCGGUGAAGUUAACGGUCCAAAGCAAGACCCUCUCAAACAUGGCCAUGGCGAGUGGAGCUUUAAUGGUAGAACUACCGAUUUCUAG